AUGGCUCCAAAGCAAAAAAAAAAAAAAGAACGAGAACUUAAGGCUGCUGCAGACAGUGUCUUAUCUGAAGUACGGAAGAAACAAGCAGACACAAAGAGGAUGGUGGACAUCCUGCGUGCGUUAGAAAAGCUUCGGAAACUGCGAAAAGAGGCUGCUGGCAGGAAAGGUGUUUGUCCACCUCCCUCAGCAGAUGAAGCAUUUGAAAAUCAGGUGGAGAGUCUCAAAACGUUGCUCAAAAAUCGCACAGAGCUGUAUGAAGCUGAGGAAAGAGCAUUAAGAGUUAUGUUGGAGGGAGAACAGGAGGAGGAAAGGAAGAGAGAAAUGGAAAAGAAACAGAAGAAGGAAAGGGAAAAACUACUACAGCAGAAACUCGAAAUUGAUUCCAAGCUGUUUGGGGAGCCAGAUGAAUUUCCUCUAGCCCAUCUAUUGCAGCCCUUCAGAGAAUAUUACUUACAAGCUGAGCAUUCUGUAGCAGCUUUAAUCCAGAUCAGGCAUGAAUGGGAUCAGUACUUGGUGCCAGCUGAUCACCCCGAAGGAAGCUGCAUCCCUCCAGGAUGGGUUCUUCCGAUUCUCCCCACAAAUGACACUUGGGCCACUGCUGUCAGAUAAUUUAGUAAGGAAUUAUUUUAAUGUUGGAGGAAUGUUUCUUUAUAAUUACGUGUGUAAAUAUGAGAGGGUCCGAAGAGGGAAUCUCAUCCCCUGUUUCAGUAGCCAGGUACUGGAUUGUCUUGAAGAAGAGUUAAGAACUGGUUUUGCCAUCUGACUCUGCAGCGAAAUAUUUGAGCAAGCCCAAAGCUGCUAGGCCUCUCGUGGUAUGGAAUUACAGUCCCACUAUGAGUUUUUGUUAACAAAUCUCAAUCUUAAUAAAGAAACAUUGCUGA